UCUCGAUGAUUAAACACCCUCAUCUACGACGGCGGACCUGUGGUCGCAUAACAUGGGCGGUCUUUUCUUAUGGAAGUCGGAAUGCCGUCUUCCCAGCGCGCUUUCGCCACUAGUGCAGAAAUGCUUGCGAGGUGAGAGACAUGAUCGGUACAACAGGUACAGCCUUCGUCCGAUUUGCGUGUUGUUCGUUGCCUUGAAGGGCACCACUACACAAUCUCUGCUCGACGCCCAUGUCUCACAGUUUCUGUGCUUUACCACGUCGCAUAUAGCACACAACCGAUGCGCAGGCGAGAGAUGCUCAAUAACCCAUCCCGAGACCGAAGACCUUUCGAUUAUGGACGAGGGGAUGAAGAAGACGCACAGCCGCCAAGGAACACUUCCCAAUGGCAUUGUGCUCAGCGUAGCGAGAGCAUCCUCGAGAUGGAAAGGGCCUAAAUGAUUGACCAUCGCGCGAACUGUAGUAGGUAAACAUCGGAGUCGAUACACAUUUACGGCCGAAAUGGCUGUAAUGUUCGGUCUCAGCAAUUAAUGAUUCUGAUAUUAUCUAGCUGUUGAUCGUUGAAGG